AUGCUGACCGAGCGUCCGAGCUCGCGGAAGGCGCCCGUGGCGGAGGCGGAGAACAUCCCCCCGCCUCCUCGCCGCGGGGGACGCCCGUCCAAGCCCGUCGACGCGGGUGGACCGGCUCGGACCUCAUCGGCGCCGUCGCCGACGACCUGGAUCCCCGAGGACGCCACCCCGUGCGGCGAAGGCCAUCGCAGCGUGGAGUCGCAGUAUCAGGACGCGCUCAGGGCGCUGGACGCGGACAGGGAAACCCUCCGGCGGGAGGUGGAGAGGGUCAUCGCCGCGGACGCCGCGAGGGAGGGCGAGCACGCGUCUCUCCGCGACAGAUGCGCGGAGCUCGAGCGCGAGCUCAAGGACGCCCGCGCCGCCGCCGCCGCCGCCGACCCGAACGACGACGACGACGACGACGACCGUCGGCAGCGGCAGCCGGCCACGCUCGCCAUGGUGCGCAGGCUGCGGCAGGAGCUCAGCGAGGCGCGCGCGGCGGCGGCCGAGGCGGCGCGUGCGCAAGUGGACAAGAUCCAAACGUUGUCCUUCUCGGGCGCCCCGGACGAGACGGAGCUCUCCGCCGUUCGCGUCGAGAUCGAUCGAACGCGCGCGGAGAUGGCCGCCGCGCUGGGCGAGGUAUCAGCCGCCGCGAAAGACAGGGACGAUGCGCUGGAGGAGGUGCGCGUGGAGCUCGGCGUGCUCCAGGCGGAGCGAAUGCGCCUUCGCACUCGCGUCGAUUCGUUUGGGAAGAAACUCCAAGCCGAGUCCACGUCCCAGGGGUCCACGGCGGACGCCGCGGGUCUUCGCGCGCGGGUUCGAGACCUCGAGGCGACCAAUGCAUCUCUCCUCGCGGACGCCGAGCGGUUCGAGUCCCUGCGGGUCGAGACGCGCGCGCUCGCCGAGUCAAUCGCGGCGGAUGCCACGCGGUCGGCGGAGGCGGAGGACGCCAUGCGACGCGAGAUACGAACCGUCAAGUCUGAGCUCAAGCUGGCGCGGCACCGGCUCGAGGAGGAGCGGAAACGACGCGAGGACGCGGAGGAGGCGACGGAGCGCGAGCGGCGCGGCGCGGAGGAGGCGCGCCGGGUCGCGGAAGAGGCGACGGCGGCGAAGACCAAAAUCCAAAGCCAAAUCCAAAAACCAAAAAUCCAAAAACCAAACCGGCUUUUGGACCCGGAGGCGCUCGCCGAGGUCGCCAACCUCCGAUCGGACCUCCGUGACGAGAUCGCGCUCGUUCGCGGGGCGCUCGAAGAGAUGGACGCGUUGGCGUCGGCGGUGCACGAGGGGAAGGGCGCGUUGGCGGCGGUAAAAGCGGAUCUGGAGCGCGCGAGGAUCGACGGCGACGCGGCGGUUGACGCGGAGCUCGAGCGACUUCGCGCCGAGCUGGCGCGCUUCGACGGCGAGACCCGCGCGGACGUCGUGAACGUGACCCGCACGCUCGCCACUACGCGAGCUCGAAUGGAUGAGGCGGAGGCUGAGGCGGAGGAGGCGCGACGGGCGGUCCGGGCGAUGGAAGGGGAGGUGGCGAGGGUGUUGGACGCGUCCGCGGGGGUGGUUGCCGAGAAGGAGGCGCUGGUGGCGGAGGUCAACGCUCGAGCGAGGGAGCUGGCGGACGAACGCGCGGAAGGGGAGCACCGACGCAGGUCGCACAACGCGGAGAUGGAGGAGCUCCAGCGGCAGCUGUACGCGCUGAUGCGGGACCGCGAGGAGGCGCUCGCCAGGUUUCGGCACGAGAGGAACCGGUGGGGGGACGAGUUGCGAGAGGCGAGGAUGGGGCGGACGAGUUCGAGUUUCGGGGGGACGACGAGACGCGAAACGGACGGAUCGCGGUCGACGGCGGGUGGGUUCGGCCGCGAGUUCGCGCCCCACGUCGCGUCGCGAGCGCCUUCGUCGUUUACGUCGACCGAGUCGUUUCCCCGCGACGACGACGGCGACGACGACGUCUCGCGAUCGUCGUCGUCGUUCGCCGCUACCCGAAGGGGGGGGCACGCCCGCGACGGCGCGAUGCCUUCGUUCGCGCCCCCGCCCGCGUCGUCGCCGAUCCCGGGCCCGCCGCCGCCGCCCCCGCCCCCUCCGGGAGCGCAUUCGCGGCCGACGUCGGCGGCGAGUUUGUCCGUCUCGUCGCGAUCGAGUUCGAGUCGAUCAAACGGGUCGUCAGUCGCGAAGGGCGCUCGCGAGUCGGCGAACGAGCUGGUGAACGCGCUCGCGGCCGGCGGCGGGCGGCGCGGGGUGUCGUCCUCGACGUCCUAUUGA